AUGGGAUGGCAGCUCUUGCCAAUCCUGGUCCUUGCCAUGUUGCAGGAGAAGCUGGCCCCUGAAGGCGCUUCGCCAGACGAAGGGAACACCUGCGAUGGCGUUUGUGGACGGCGUCCGUUGGCAGCCAGCCACACCCUGCUGCGGAUUGUGGGGGGCACAGAUGCUCUCCCGGGAACGUGGCCUUGGCAGGUCUGCUUCCAGAUACCAUCGCAGUUGGGCUACAUCAAUGCCUGCGGAGGAACCCUGCUCAGCGCUCGCUGGGUGCUGACUGCCGCCCACUGCUUUCAGCUGGAAGAUGAGAUAUCAUGGUACAGGGUGGUGCUUGGGCUAAACCGGAUCUCCCAACCUGGUCCUGAUGCCCAGAACCGCUUAAUCAAGAGGGUGAUCAACCACAAGCUAUACAAGAACGAGCUCAACAGCACAGACGGAGGGAUCCGACACGACAUUUCCUUGGUGGAAUUGACUGAGCCGGUCAGGUGCAAUGACUACAUCCAGCCAGCUUGUUUGCCAGACAAGAGCACGACGAUCUCAAAGCUGACCCAAUGCUCUAUCAGUGGCUGGGGAACCAUGGAAGUCAAAGCCCAAAGACGGCCAGAUGUGAUGCAGGAGGGGGUUGUUAAACUCAUACCUUUCCGCACAUGCAGCAGCUUGACCUGGUGGAACAAGCGUGUCCGACCUGAGAACAUAUGUGCUGGACACGAGAGUGGAGAACUUAGUACAUGUCAGGGUGACAGCGGAGGGCCUCUCAUGUGUAGGGAAGAAAGGUCUGAGAGGUACUGGGUCAUCGGAGUCACCAGCUGGGGACCAGUGAGAUGUUCUGAAGCUCGGAAGCCAGGUGUCUUCACCUCCACACAACUCUAUGUUGACUGGAUCACAGCCACGACCAAGGAGAAUAUUUACAAGGCUACUCACAAGCCAAUACUGGCUGAGGUUUGGCCUCCUGCCAAGCCAACAUCCCCGAUCCAAGCCACCACCAAAAACGUGGAAGCCCUCACGGUGGUACUUCAUGCCUGCCACACCAUGGUACUUACUUCCUGGGGCAAGACCACCGAAGUGGGGAACCAUGACUCCUUCGUGGAGAAGAACCCAUGCUACUCAUCGUCCCUGGACAGGGCCUGCCCUAUGGGGGAUGACACUACCUUUGAGGACAACUCCCAGAAAGUGGCAUUAUAG